GAAAGGGAUUGUGGGUAAUUUAACCACGGGGACACUUCAGUGUGACGCCAUCUGUACGCGACGGAUAACGAAAGCGGGAUGCCCGUGUUUUUUGAAGAGUAGAAGAUGCUAUGUACAGUUCACUGAGUCAAGUGUGAUUGAAAAGUACUGAGAUGGCCACACAAAGAGUCCUGCCGCAAAGCAAGGAGACCCUUCUGCAGAACUACAACAAGAGACUGAAAGAUGACAUCAGAUCAAUUCUCGACAAUUUUACGGAAAUAAUCAAAACUGCAAAGGUGGAAGAUGAGACCCAGGUCUCCAGGGCAACACAAGCUGAGCAGGACCACUAUGAAAUGCAUGUGCGAGCUGCAAACAUUGUACGUGCUGGAGAGUCUCUUAUGAAGCUUGUCUCAGACCUGAAGCAGUUUCUCAUCCUGAAUGACUUCCCGUCUGUCAAUGAUGCAAUAAGUCACCGCAACCAGCAGCUCCGUGCGCUGCAGGAAGAGUGCGACAAGAAGCUUAUCUCUCUGCGUGAUGAGAUCGCCAUUGACCUGUAUGAGCUCGAGGAAGAGUAUUACUCCUCCAGCUGUGGACAGUGGGAUGGUGUUGAGUUGCCACUUUGUGAAGCCUUUCAUCGGCAGGACAGUUGGGGGUCCUCCUCAACAACCUCUGACCCCUUACGUGCCAACACAGAGAAUUCAGACCGCUUGGGUACCCAGGAGUCCAUGCAACGUCAUCUCAACGGCCAUGGCAGCAGCACUAGCGAGCAGUCAUAGGAGACCAGCAGUUUCUUUAAUGGACCAAUUCGAUGACACAGCUAAGCAACUGAUAAGACCCAUAUUAAACUUCCAGCUGCAUAUGGCAAAAAUUCAAUGUGUUAAGUGCUAAAGUAGUGUCAUGAAUAAAUCAAAAGACAUUUCUUUCAAUAUUUCAGAAGAGACAUUGGUAUUAUGAAGUGGUGGUCUUUUUCUUGUUAUUAGCAUAGUUGAUUUAUUCCGAUUAAUGCCACUGAUUUGAGUCAUGUUACAGAUAUAGUAUACUGAGCCAGCUUCUCAUUUUCAGCAUCGCACUGCAAAAAAAGACUGACUGUAAUGCAUUACACUGUUAUAAGCUUAUAGGAUUGAACAUGUUGACAUUUCAUAGUUAAAUAUACUAAAACAAUUAUGCCGUUACAAUGCAUUUCACUGUGUGUACAUUGUACUGCUUUGAAUUGUUUGUAAACUGUGUAUAAUGUUUUCUGUCAUUUUUUUUACUGAAGUGCAACCUUUAGACUACCUUACCAAUUUGUUACAAAGACAUCAAAGUCAAAACAUUGAAGGCAUGGUAAUGCAUUUUGUUGAUGUAAUAGUAACUGAAUUCGUAAUAUUCCUUUUGUUAU